GAAAUAUCUCAACGCCGCACUGGUUGAAGGGACCUGCCCAGUAGAGAUGUUAUCGGAAGUGACGUAAUAAAUAACCCUUCAAAGUAGUUGUGAGCGGGCCGGGUGGGCUGACUGGGGUUUGGUAUAAAACCACAAGAUGAGUCUCCUGGAAAUCAAUGAAAAUGUGAAACUGGCCAGAGAAUAUGCUUUACUUGGAAAUUAUAGUUCUGCCCUAGUUUAUUAUCAAGGUGUCCUGGAUCAAAUGAAGAAGUACUUUUUAUCUGUGAGAGAUACCACAUUACAGCAAAAAUGGCAACAGGUUUGGCAAGAGAUUGGUGAAGAAAACAAACAUGUUAAAGAAAUUAUGGCAACUCUUGAAAGUUUUAAUUUAGAUGGCGCUCCAUCUAAACCUGCAAGCAAAGAUGAAGAUAUUUGGCCAGUUCAGGUUGAACGCAGACACUCUCCCUGUCCUGUUAGAAGACAGCCUCUCCCUUAUAAUGAAGGUAAACCUCAUCAUAAUAAUCGAUUAAGUGCAGCACCAAAAAAUCAACAUCGACCCUCUCCACGAGGUGGCAAUAGUGAUAAAGGAAGGCCUGUUAGAAGAGAGAAGGCUAAAGAUAAGAUCAAACCCUCUGCUGAUGUUUCAGAGACUGAAGUUAAAAAAUUUGAUGGGACAGGUUAUGAUAAAUAUUUAGUGGAAGCACUGGAAAGAGAUAUUAUAUCACAAAACCCCAAUGUGAAAUGGGAUGACAUAGCAGACUUGGAAGAGGCCAAAAAACUACUUAAGGAAGCAGUAGUUUUACCAAUGUGGAUGCCAGAAUUCUUUAAAGGAAUUAGGAGACCAUGGAAAGGCGUAUUAAUGGUGGGGCCACCUGGAACAGGAAAGACCUUGCUAGCCAAAGCUGUAGCUACUGAAUGCAAAACUACAUUUUUUAAUGUCUCGUCAUCGACACUUACCUCAAAAUACAGAGGAGAAUCUGAAAAGUUAGUCCGGCUCUUGUUUGAAAUGGCACGAUUCUAUGCUCCUACAACAAUAUUUAUUGAUGAAAUUGACUCUAUGUGCAGUCGCAGAGGUACAUCAGAAGAGCAUGAAGCAAGUAGAAGGGUGAAGGCAGAGCUACUUGUUCAAAUGGAUGGUGUUGGAGCCUCAGAAAAUGAUGAUCCAUCAAAAAUGGUAAUGGUUCUGGCAGCCACUAAUUUUCCUUGGGACAUAGAUGAGGCAUUAAGGAGAAGAUUGGAAAAAAGAAUUUACAUUCCCUUACCUUCAGCAAAAGGGAGGGAAGAACUUUUGAGAAUUAACCUAAAAGAACUAGAAUUGGCCCCUGAUGUUGACCUUGUUAAAAUUGCACAGAAAAUGGAAGGCUACUCUGGAGCAGAUAUUACAAAUGUGUGCAGGGAUGCCUCUCUUAUGGCUAUGCGGCGUCGUAUUGAAGGCUUAACACCUGAAGAAAUUAGAAACAUUUCCAAAGAUGAAAUGCACAUGCCAACCACCAUGAAAGAUUUUGAAGGCUCUUUAAAAAAAGUGUCAAAGUCAGUGUCUGAAUCGGACCUUGAAAAAUAUGCAAAGUGGAUAGCUGAAUUUGGGUCAUGUUGAGCUUGACUUUUAAAAGACUUGAAUAGGAACCUGCCUUCAAAAAGUCCUUUGUACUGCCAGAUGAAGAGGUGCUACACGUUGGCAUUUCUCUUUAGCAGAUAAACAGAAAGAGAAAUGCUUCUUACGAGACGAUUCAAGGAUUUUUAUUUUGCCACCUGGGACGUUACUUCCUUGCUAAAUUAACCAAAUUGGUUUGGGGUGUGAGGGCCAUAUUGAGCACAUUGCGAGUUACAGUUUGAAAAGUCUUUUCAUUGGUUUAAAGAAACAAAAGGUCAUCUUCUAGUAGUUAGCCUUUUUUCCAAUCUUUUACUUUCCCCAUGAGAUUAGUCAAAAUUGACAGAAGAAACCAUGAGGUGUGUGUUUUUUUUUUUGUUUUUUUUUUUGUUAAAUAAUUACUGUAGGAGAUAUGAAAUUAUGCACUGCUUUAAUAAACUGAGCAAUAAAUUAUGU